UCCUUCGGAAGGAAACGCGCGAGUGCGUGGGCGAACUCGAGACGCCUUUCCGUCUUUCUUUGUUGUUUUUUCCAACGCUCGCCCGAGCGCCAGCUUUUCCGCUUCGCCCUUGCGGCCACGGGAUCCCUACCGUGAGAGGGACGGAGCAAUUUCCUCGAGAGAAAGCGAGGGUCGUUGACACCUGCUCACGACAGCUUUUCGGAAGCUCGUCCGGAGCAAUUUUGUUUGACGAACUAGGGGAGAGAUUGGAAUUACCUCCGUAGCAGUUGUCGUCGUUGGCAUGUGAGGAAAGGAGAGCACCAAGAGACAUAGAGAGUUCGUGAACUAGUCAGGAGAAUCCGUGGUGAUGGCGAAGCCGGCGGCAAAGGCGAAGUCGUCGAAGUCGCCGUCUCCCUCAGGUUCAUCGGGGUCGUCUUCGUAUUCGGGUUCUUCAUCAGCCUCAGGAUCUCGGUCCAGAUCGCUCUCUUCCUCUUCUCAUUCCGGCAGUAGCUCAAGGAGUCGUAGCCCUCCUCCAAAGAAAAGUGACUCCGUGCCUGGCGGAAGAAAAUUGCGCUCUGUGUCUCCUCCGGCAAAGAAAGCCUCUCCUGCGAAAAAAUUGCGAACACCGACUCCGGAGUCUACCGUACUGCACAUUGGGUGCCUUACUCGCAAUGUGAACGAGGCGCACCUGAGAGAAAUUUUUGGUAACUAUGGGGACAUUGUCAACGUGGAGCUUGCUAUGGACCGCUCGGUCAAUUUGCCGAAAGGAUUUGGGUAUGUCGAGUUCAAGUCAAGGGUGGAUGCUGAGAAAGCACAACAACAUAUGGAUGGAGGCCAGAUUGAUGGAAAUGUAGUUAGUGCGCAAUUCAUCCUUGUGCCUCGCAAGAAACCCUCACCACCUUCUCGACCUGCACCCUCACCAUUGAGGAAGGACAAUGCUCGCGAGCCUCUUUCUCGAGACCCCCUUAAGGACGGAGGCCCACGUCGUGGACGUGACUCUCCUCCAAUGGGUCGGCGGCGUUCUCCUUCACCACCACCCAGGAGAAGAUCCAUUUCUCCUCGGAGAGGGGCGAGAGGAGCGGAUUCUCCGCCACGAAGGCGGCCGCAAGGAUCUCCUCUUCGUAGGGGCCGCUCCCCUUCACCAAUGAGACGGAGGCGCCGUUCUCCUAUCAGGUCUCCGCCACCGCGGCGAGGAAGAAGCCCAGUGGGACGGAUGCGCUCACCCGUUUCCUACAGGCGCAGGUCUCCAUUACCUCCCAGACGUGGUGGGCGCACUCCUCCUCGAAGGUCUUCUCCUCUGGUUCGAAGGCGUAGCCGCUCUCCUCCCAGACGCCCUGUGCGAUCACGGUCGAGAUCUCGAUCUGCACCGCGAAGGGCCAGGUCUCCACCCAAUAGGCGAGCUAGAUCUAGCUCAUACUCGUCUGAGUCACCAAGUCCAGCAAAGAAGAGAGUUUCCCCUCCUCGUGUUGCCAAGAAGACAACGUCGAAGAGCCGAAGUCCCAAAAAGGCUGCAAGCGGUAGUAGUAGUCCAAGUGCUAGGAGCAGCAGUUCUCCUUCUCCUUCGAAAAGUGCUCAGGCACUACCCAAGGCAAAAGUGAGCCGGUAGUGGGUUUAUUAAGCGCACGCGAGCAAACUUUAUCUGUGCCACCUCCACAUGCUCUGCCUGUUUGUGAGAGCUAUGGAUAGGUCUCCAACAUACCACGCUUGCAUAUUUGUCUGUCCUUUCGCUUUCUUGACUGCUUUCUUGUUGUCUUGACGCUUGGGUUCUCGGUCAGUGGUGGUGUGGGAAGUAGUAGUUGUCGUUCAUGGAUGUCCAUAGUCUGGUGUUUUCGCUGUAGAGUACGUGUGUGCUGCCUUGUAGAAGUCUGCAUCUCAUACCUGGUGUGAAGCUUUUGGUGUAGCAAGCAUAGAAACCUGGUUGUUUGUUUCACCUCUGGAUCUGGGCUUGCUGCAUGGUCCGUAUGUAUUUCCUCAGGCAGCUGAGCAGCAGCAGUUGGUCCUCUCUUGCGUUCAUCAACGGGAGACUUAGUGUGCCUCUGCGUUCGCUGCUAUACUGUCGCCAUACCCAAAGACUGGAAGUGAGGCAAAGGGAGUAGUCGGGCCGAGAUCUGGGCGAACAGUCUGUAGAUGUGAUGGGCUGGUGAUGAGCUCCAAGUUUUGGAAGUAUGUACGUGAACAAUUUUGAAGUGUAGGCACAUCUGGAGGGGAAUUCUUAGAUUGAGAUCAUGGAAGAGCCACGGGUAACGAAGUAGUGAGUAUCGGACGUCGGUGGAAGUGGAGAACUAUGCCGCAUAUGCUUUUUGCCCUAUCUGUACUUCAGAUUUUGUCGGAUUUGGAGUGCAAGGAUCCUACGUUAAGGGUGAAACUACGGUAGUACCAAACUUUUUACUGUUCUCAUCCUGGGCUGUACAUGUCCUGGGAGACACUUUGUGCCCUAUUCUUGUAUUUUAUAUCGAGGUCACUUCUGGUUAGCAGAACAUUACCCCA